AAUAAUCAAACUCCCCUAGAUAUUGCCUUUCUGUCAUUAGAUACUUAGAUAUUUAGGCUACCGAUACAAACGAACUGUCAAAACAGCAGGUUUUUUUCUGGUGUCAAGAAAUCCGACAAGUUAAUUUUUUCCUACAAUAAAUCUUGCCAAUGAGACCUGUUUGGAAGAGAUAUCGGGGCAAGCAGAGUUAUCGACAAUCAUGUUAGUUAACUGCCUUGUUUUCUUCGCCAUAUUUUUCUUUCUUGGGCUCAAUUGUGAGCCUCAAACACUUCUUCUAAUAUCUCUAGACGGAUUUCGGUGGGAUUUCGCCGGAAAAGCUCACACACCAUACUUGGAAUUUCUCAAGAAAACUGGCGUCACUGUUCCAUAUGUCCGAUCCGUCUUCCCAACAGUCACAAUGCCAGGACACUACAGCAUUGUAACGGGCCUCUACCCCGAAAGCCACGGCAUUAUAAGUAACACCAUGUACGAUCCGAUCCUCAAAGCCCGAUUUGGUGCCGCUCAAACGGAUCCACGGUGGUGGAAUGGUGCGGAACCAAUAUGGGUGACAAACCAAAAGCAAAAGGGAAAAAGUGGUGUCUUAUAUUGGCCUGGGUACAACAUUAAAAUCAAAGGCAUGUAUCCGAAAUACAGGGAAUACUCGCCUUCACCCAUUGUUGACCAGUUCAACAAAACAGGUAAGGUCACGGGGUUUGAGAAACGCGCUAAGAAAGUAAUUGACUGGUUGACGGCUAAAAACCCGCCCAAUUUUGUUGCUGUUUAUUUCGAAGAGCCAGACAAAACAUGCCACCACGAGGGGUGGUGUGACUUGCCCGAAGCUAUUCAACGAGUCGACAAAACUGUUGGUUUGAUUGUGGAAGGAUUAAAACGACACGAGCUUCUCGACAAGGUAAACAUAAUAAUCACAGCAGAUCAUGGCAUGACUAACACCUCUUGCAACAAAGUGAUUGACCUUGAUAAAUAUGUCGACCCAGAGAAUUACGAUUUCUGGGAUUCCUGGUUUAACAUGUUGCUGAAAUUUGCGUUUCACUAA